AUGGCGGACAAGAAGAAGGUGCUACUGCACGUGUACGACGUCACCAACAGCCCCGACCCGAACGUCAACAACACCGUGCUUCGCAUCAACGGCGUCGCGCGAAGCACGCUGGGGAUCGGAGGAAUCUUCCACGGCGCCGUCGAGGUGUUUGGAGAGGAAUGGUCCUUUGGAUACUGCGAGCGCGGGUCAGGCGUGUUCAGCUGCCGCCCUAAAACGAACCCCUACUACAGCUACAGGGAGACAGUCGACAUGGGGGAAACUAAACUCAGUGCGAAACGCGCCGGGCAGGUCAUAGCUGAGAUGAGCGUGCAGUGGCCUGGCGAGUCGUAUGACAUGCUCGGGCGAAACUGUAACCACUUCUGCGACGAGCUCUGUGUCAGAUUGGGUGUCGGGCCCAUACCAGCAUGGGUCAAUCGGUUUGCUCGGACAGGCGAUUCGGCGGCCGAGCUGUACGAUCAAGUUGGGCAGCAGGUUGCCGCCCUGCAGGAGUGGAGCAGCGGCACCUACAACUACUGGUUUGGUGCUGCUAGUCCCUCUGCUGCGUCUGCUUCCACUCCUAAUGCUGGUGGUGCUGCUGGUGCUGCUGCUGCUCCUGCUCCUGCUGCUGCUGGUGCUGCCGGUGCUGGUAAUGUUGCUGGCUCGGUUGGUUCAGCAGCUGGUUCAACUGCUCCUGUGGGAUCCGUGCAGGGGAGGAGUUGGGCAGAGUUUUGGAGUGGCAGGAAGGGUGAUGAGCCGGAUGGGGCUGAGUUGCUGGAACCUGGGGAGGAGAGGAGCAGCAUGGGGGUUUGCGAGAAAGCAGCUCCAGAAACUUCCAAGAAGGUGACCAGGGAUGAUGUGGCCAAAGCAGCAGAGAGCCUUGUGAAGCAAGCGGUCAAAGUGGCAAUCUUCUGGGCAGCGCCCUCCCUCCCAAAGGCAGCAGAAGCCGCCCUACUGCUCUCGGAUUUCCACGACCUUGGCAAUCUUCUGGGCAGCGCCCUCCCUCCCAAAGGCAGCAGAAGCCGCCCUACUGCUCUCGGAUUUCCACCACCUGUCUUGGCAAUCUUCUGGGCAGCGCCCUCCCUCCCAAAGGCAGCAGAAGCCGCCCUACUGCUCUCGGAUUUCCACGACCUGUCUGUGACCUCCACCCUUCACCCCAUUUUCUCUUCCCAACUUGCAAUCUUCUGGGAGGCUUCCUUUCCCCCAAAGGCAGUGUCUUUUGAGUUGACUCAAAAGCUGUCAAACCCCGCUCCCCCCCCUUCCUUCUCUCCCGCCACGUACCCCGCAGUGGCAAUCUUCUGGGCAGCGUCCUCUCCCCCCAAGGCAGCAGAAGCCGCCCCGCUGCUCUCUGAUUUCCACGACUCCCACUCAGCGAGCUCAGCUGCUCCCCAGGCAGGUGGGCGUGGUGCAGUCAGCAUACGCAGCACUGAAGAUCCCUACAAGAUGAAGUCUAGUCACUCAUUUCGCUUCGUUUCUAAUCUAUCCUUUCUCCCCCCCCGCUCCCCUUGUCGCCGCACAGCCACUCAGCGAGCUCAGCUGCUCCCCAGGCAGGUGGGUGUGCUGCAGUCAGCAUACGCAGCACUGAAGAAGCUUCCAGUAAGCAACGAGGCGGCCGUGGGUCGUGUACUGGUGACCGUUGCUGCGUCGAUGAAAGACGUUGCGAGGGAGGUAAGGGAGAUGGUAGGAAGAGAAGGGGUUCAGAGCGGUGCUGUGGGGGAGGAGAAAGGAGAGGAGAAGGGGGAUGUCGGGGAAGAGAGAAAGGCUGAGGAAGGCCAAGGGGUUCAAGGAAAAACUGUGGAGAUCAAGAGGGAGGGUGUUUGUGAUGAGGCCAGGGAGGAGGAUGGCGGUGACGGUGAUGAGGAUGAGGAUGAGGAUGAGGAGGAAGAGGAGGUGAGUUUGGGAGAGGAGGAGAGGGAGUUGGCACAGAGUGGUUUGCGAGUGUCUGUGGCAGCAGAAGGGGUGAUUCGGUGUUUGAUUUACCUUGUGGCGUCUUGGCAGCAGCACCAGGACUCCUGGGGACAGCAGCAGGAGCAGCAGCAGAUGCUAGAGAAAUCACAAAUACAAGAUGAGAAAAACCAACAGCAAAAGCAGGAAGAGAAGACCAGUAAGGCAGGGCUUGCAGCUGCCGUUGGCACAAGCAGCAGUGCCCCCAAGGGCUUGAAUAGCAGCAGCAAUAGCAGCGGAAAUAGCAGCAGCGGUAUCUUGGAGUCGGUUCUGCGUGUGUGCAUGGGAGCAAGCGAAGAUGUGGACGAGAUUGGUGCGUCUCUCUUCCCGCCUCAAGAGCCCGGCACCAUUCGCAUGCGAGCACAGCAGCUGCUGGGUCGGGCGAGAGAUUUGAAGUCACAGCUGCCGUUGCCACUGCCACCAGGAACAGAAACUUCUGAAAGAAUCCAAGCCGGGGAUUUGGGGGGUGUGGGUGUUGCUGUUGCUGCCGAUGCUGCUGGUGAAGGGAAGGUGGGGAGUGGAGGCGAGAUGGGGAAGAAGGGUGUAUGGAAGGGGGGGAUGAGUGUGAGUAAGUUGCAUGAGGCGAUUGGGGAGAUGGAAAAAGAUAUAGCUGCACUGUUGUGUGUGGUGGGAGAGAGUAGUGAGGGUGAGGUGGUAGGGGAAGAGGGAGCAAAGGUGAUAAGGGAAAGGAAGAGGGAGGUGCAUGCAGAUGCUACUGGUGUAGCUGUUACUAUAGAGAAAUGUAGUUUAGGUGAUUAA